GUGGUGCUUAAUCGAAGCUGUCAAUCAGCAAAUCACCAACAUUACCAAGGGCCAACACAAAAAAGGCAGCAGCAGCAGUAGCAGCAUCAAUAAUAGAAACCUACCCUCAGCCGAAAUCCGCAGGUUCGCACCACGGGAUAUUCCGAUUUCGUUGCGUCGAACGAACGUGCCCUAGCGGCACACCACCGCUUCGUGGCCAACCUUCGCACGACCAAAAGCCACACAGCACCACACAACGCAGUGGUUCACGGUAGGAAAAGGCGUGCAAGGGGGUAGUGGCAAACAGUGAAGUGCGCGCGCGGUACCCGGACCACCGUACGAUAGGCUUCUGAGUGUGGCUGGUUCCGGUCGUUUUUCGUCCCGAUCGUCAGCAGACCGCCGUACGUUCCGUGCGUUGUGAAACUCACAAUCCGUAGUGCAGUGUGGAGUUGGUAACGCGAUAGCGCCAAAGUGUCGGUUGUUGUGUAGAAGAAGUUGUUUACCUUCGCCACACAACGCACAAGCCCGCGCCGUUCUGGAGAAGAAAAAAGUCGGUGCGUGUGUAUGUGGAUCGCGUGGGUUUAGUGUUUAUUGUUCCGUUCGCAUCCAGACGCGUUCCCGUAGAGUGCCAAAACGAGCAGUGAUUCCCCGUGGUUUGCUUUAUUUUGAAUAAGAGUGCUGUGAUUGCAAUAUCUGUCAUCCGGAGUUUUGCGGGCAGCUGGUAGGUGCUUGUGGUGAAACCCUUUUGCAGUAUGGUGCGGUGAAGGUGCAUUGAUUCGCAAAAGAAUACCAUUGAGCGAGGACUUGCGCGACCGUGCAGACGGGCCACAGCGAUAAUUGGUGGCUUAUUGAGUUUGACCACCACACAUUAGGUUUCUCGCCGUGCCCUCAGAUGGUCAUACCCUGAGUGCCGGGGGAGUGGAAUGCUGUACGAUUAUCAACCGCAGUCUUAUCAGCAGCAGCAGCACCUGCCGCAAAGGGGACGCGGGGGAAGAGGUGGAAGAGGAGGUGGUGUAAGACUUGGUACAGGAACCUCAGCCGUGAUGCCGAAGAAGGAUUCCAAAUCCGAUGAAGGCGGCCGCAAGAACAAGAUGAGUCAGGCGGCUGCGGCCAAGCUGGAGCAACAGCAGCAGCAGCAGCAACAGCAGCAACAGCAGCAGCAACAACAACAGGACGACGGAACGGGCAUGAAAGGCGGUGGUCCCGGCACGGGCCGACCCGGUUCGGUUGGACCGGGAGGAAUGAAACCGUCGGACGCAUGCAGUAUUAACGCAGGCGGUGGUCCCGGACCAAACAGCGGUGUAAUGGAUGCCCUGGGUAAAGCUGGAGGUCCGGUAAUGGGCGGCGGUGGACUGGACGGUGUCGGUGGUCAUCCGAUGGAUGGCAAAAUGAACCCCGGUCUGGCUGGUAUGAUGGCGGGCAACAAACCGUCCAACAAGCUGGAAUACACGCAGCAACAAAGCCAGAUCUUCGUGUUUUCGACGGCGCUCGCGAAUAAGGGUGCCGAAGCGGUACUGAGCGGCCAGUUCAAUUCGAUCAUUGCAUAUCACUGUGCACAGAUGCAGAAACAGAACCGACUCGGUGGCCCAGGACCGGACGAAAUGAGUGGGAACAAUGUGGGACCGGGUGCGAUGUCUCCCUGGAUGGAUCACGGGCACGGGCACGGUUCGCCGGAUCACCAUCCGAUGGGACCGCGCGGCAUGGGUGGCCCGGGCGGACCACCGGACGGUAUGAAAAAGUCAGCCACAAUUCAUCAUACAGCCAAUGCGUCCUGCCUGGAAAAUGACGGUUCGCUACCAAUGUUUGGCGGUGGCGGGGGUCCCGAUGGACACAUGCCGCCCCAUAUGCGCAUGGGACCAGGCGGUGGUCCGCUCGAUCCAUCGAUGGUGAUGGGGAAAAAGUCGGCCACCAUUCACCACACACCGAACGCUUGCAUGGAUCAGGACGGUAGCGGAUUACCGAUGUACCCGACGGACACGGGACACGGUGGGCCACACAUGCGCAUGAACCCGGACGGAAUGUCCAAACCGUCGACGAUCCAUCAUACGCCCAGCUCGUGCAUGGAGGGUGACGGUGGCGGCGACCCGACCGUAGGAGGCCAUCCGGGCGUGAAGAUGGAAAACCCGUCACCGGUCGGGUCACACAUUUCGCCGAGCGGUGGCGGAGGAGUGCCCGGCGGUGGCCCGGGUGGCGGCCAUGGAGGCGGUGGACCCGGUAUGGGUCCGGGUGGAGCGGGCGGUGGUGGCCCCGGUGGUCCCGGUGGUAGCCACUCGAGCUCGACGAUUAUCGACCAGAUGAACUCGCUGGUAGCGUCACUACCACUGAUGAAGGGUGGUAAUGUGCUGUCGCAAUCGCGUGGCCAUCCCCAGCCAUCGCUGCAGGGCGUAAAAGUGCCGGACGAGAAUUUGACGCCCCAGCAGCGGCAACACCGGGAGCAGCAGCUCGCCACGUUACGCCAGAUGCAGAAGAUGUUCUUUCCCGAGCAACGCGGGAUGGGUAUGGAUCCGCACGGUAUGGGCAUGAGGCCACAGUUUCGGGGGCCCGCUGCCGGUAUGCCACCGGACUUCGGUGGACCACCGAAUCGGCCGUUAAAUCCUGCCUUCAUGAACACUCCCCUCGGCAGUGGCGGAGGUGUGGGUGGUCCGGGAAUGGGUGGUCCGGUGGACGGUGGACCUGGCCCAGGACCGGGCCCCGGUCCCGGUAUGAUUAACGAGCAGAUACCGCCGAUGCAAUACAACAAACCGAACAUGAUGAACCCGGGCAUGUAUGGUGGUGGCGGUAUGGGAGGCGGCGGUCACGGAGGAGGUGGACCGAUGGGCGGUCCGAUGGGUGGCCCGAUGGGAGGUCCCGGUGGACCGAUGGGUGGCCCGAUGGGUGGCCCCAUGGGUGGACCUGGCGGUGGUGGCCCAAUGAAUCGCAUGUACAAAGCAGACCCUGACCCAAUCUUUCCACCCAUGACGGAGAUGGGUGGUUAUGGUGGUGGUGGAGGUGGCGGUGGCGGCGGUGUAAUGAAUAAUCAUGGUCCCGGUAUGUUUAAUCCCAGCAUGCAGCAACGAAUGGGUAUGCCACCGGGUGGUGGCGGACCCGGUGGUGGUGGUCCGAUGGGUGGUGGCCCCGGUGGACACAUGGGCAUGGGUGGACCGAAGAUGGGCCCGGAUCCGUCAAUGCUCGGUGGUCCCGGUGGUCCCAUUCCACAGUCCCCACUGAUGGACGAUGACCUCAGUAAGGGUUCGAUGCAACAGCAGCAGCAGCAAAUGAUGCUUCCCGCAAAUCCACCUCUUCCGCAGCAACCGGGCACACCGACGGGUGGCGUCGGCAGUAACGGUGGCCCCAUGUCAGUCGGCAUGAAUCCGGGCCUGAAUCCCAACGGCGCCAACGGUACGGUAAACAAUAAUGGCAAAACGAAAGAACCUUCCGUUUCGCCAGAACAGCAACAACAGCAAGGUGGCCCUGGCUCGAACCAGCAACAGCAGCAGCAAGGACCCGGCAGUCAACAGGGCCCAUUGACACCGCAAACGCCCCAGGGUGGACAGCAAACACCCGGACAACCACUCACCCCACAGACAUCGAUGGCCGGUUCGUAGAGCCCGUCCAGCCACCCAAAAUCCCUUCAUAGAAUCUGGAAUGAUUGUUUCAUCUUGUUUAGUUGUGUGUGUGUGCAUGAAUGAAAGAUAAAGAAAGUAGAGUGAGAGAGAACGUUGAAGGAAGGAAGAUGUAUUAAUGGCAAAGGAAUCGAACGUAUUGAAAAACGUUUUGUCCUUGUUGGGACACAUCUUUUUUUUAGUUUUUUGUUUAAAAAAGAACAAGUAUACACACAUACACACACACACAUUGUCCCACACAUUAUACACACACACACAUACAUGAGCAACAAAUCUGCCUUAUCACUACCGAUGAAUACGAGCAAAGCAAAGAAGAAGAAAAAAGAAGGAUAAUACGAAAAAAAACCUGCAAACAAAAAAGGGAUACGAAAAGUAAAACUAUACAAAAUAGGACACGAUUGAAAAGGAAGCAAAAAAAGCAUUUGAAAAAUAGAGAAAAAAUAGAUAAGGAAAGUGUAAAUGCGAAAAAAAAGAA